UUGUUCUGGCGCGCGUCAGCGCUUAUGGAGUGGAUUCUUUGCUCCCAUGCCUUUCUUGGUCGGACCAACCCAACCGGCAAUUUCCUUCUUCCUGAGUUGGGAAGCAAGAACAAGUUCUCUAUUUUUUCUUUCGGGAGCAGAGCAGUCAAAGAAUGAACCAAACCAAAUGAUUGUUCUAGAAUGGCUAUUCCUCCCAAAUGUUCUUUGUGAUGCUGCGGAACCAUGGCAAUUAGGAUCUCAAGACGCAGCAACACCUAUGAUGCAAGGAAUAAUGGACUUACAUCACGAUAUCUUUUUCUUCCUCAUUCUGAUUUUGGUUUUCGUAUCACGGAUGUUGGUUCGCGCUUUAUGGCAUUUCCACUAUCAAACUAAUCCAAUCCCGCAAAGGAUUGUUCAUGGAACUACUAUCGAGAUUCUUCGGACCAUAUUUCCUAGUAUCAUCCCGAUGUUCAUUGCUAUACCAUCAUUUGCUCUGUUAUACUCAAUGGACGAGGUAGUAGUAGAUCCAGCCAUUACUAUCAAAGCUAUUGGACAUCAAUGGUAUCGGACUUAUGAGUAUUCGGACUAUAACAGUUCCGAUGAACAGUCACUCACUUUUGACAGUUAUACGAUUCCAGAAGAUGAUCCAGAAUUGGGUCAAUCACGUUUAUUAGAAGUGGACAAUAGAGUGGUUGUACCAGCCAAAACUCAUCUACGUAUUAUUGUAACACCUGCUGAUGUACCUCAUAGUUGGGCUGUACCUUCCUCAGGUGUCAAAUGUGAUGCUGUACCUGGUCGUUCAAAUCAGACCUCUAUUUCGGUACAACGAGAAGGAGUUUACUAUGGUCAGUGCAGUGAGAUUCGUGGAACUAAUCAUGCCUCUACGCCUAUCGUCGUAGAAGCUGUUCCUAGGAAAGAUUAUGGUUCUCGGGUAUCUAAUCAAUUAAUCCCCCAAACAAGCAAGGGCCCCACUAUAGCUAAAGGCCCCUAUUUGAGUAAGGCGCGCGCAACCUAUAAGCGCGCGUUAGCGCAACGGUGCUCUACGAUCAGCUUACUCUCCAUUGGGCUCAUCCCUUGCUUGGUUGAAGCGCGUUAGCGCAGUAGUUUGAUUGCUUAAGCGGAAAUGAGAGAGUAGGGUGAGGGAAAAGGGGGGAAGCCACUAAAUUGAAGGCUUCGCUCGCUCGCUCUAACGCUCGUUUAGUAGACAGCGAGUGGAGUGCAUAAGCCCCAGCAAUCAAACUACUGCGCUAACGCGCAACGGUGGUCUACGAUCAGCUAGCCGUUGCUUGUUAGGGGCGAGUACUACACGAGCUCGUAAGUCAAGUACGGAACGAGCCUUGUCUACGAAGCAUAAAACCUCGUCUUGCUUGCUUCUGGCGAAGCUUUUAGUCUGUAGGCAUUCAGGUAUGGUAGGAAUACUACUUUGAAAGCCAACCACUACAUAGGAGCGAUAGCGAAGCCAAGCCGUAUAAAGGCGAGCAGCCCUUAUAGCAAUAGCAAACGGCCUACUUAUAGCCCUAU